GGUUGACUCUUUGUUGCAAGAGGGUGUGGGGUUAACACUUGACACUGGGUUGGUUAUUAACCAACGUCAUAACCUACGGUAUUCAUGGUCUGCGGGAUCAGAAGAACCUCUGGACCGGUCCGUAUCUCAAGGGGCACACCAACAUAGGCGUAACGAAGUGACGCCAGAACAAGGUGCUCCGGCCGCUCAUUUACCAUGGACUCGCCGUCGUGCUCCACGCCACCGAGUUGCACGUUCAGCGGGCCUGGAUUCAAUGGCGACCUCACGAACGAGAAAUGGAUAUUGUUAUAUGCCGAAAUCAUGGCCAAGAAGACGGAGUUGAGCUCUCAGACAUCAUGCGACAAACUGUCGGCUGUCAAAUGGAUGGUGUACUUGUCUAACCAGUGGAGCUCAUACGACGACGAGUCCUUGACGACAAGAAGCGCUAUCAGACUUCCCAGUGCCUCCGUGGCCAUGAUCGGGCUGUUUGGCGAGACCGCCGUGAAGGCAAAGGUCGGCGCUGAGAAAUAUUUGUCUCACAUCCACACCCGCCUGAGAGACGGCGCCCUUCCCAUCUGGAUCGACGCCGUGUGCAUCAACCAGGGUGACGGGAAUGAAAAGACCACCCAGGUCCGCGAGAUGAGCGCCAUCUACUCCGGGGCAAAACUCGUUAUUGCCUGGCUCGGCCUCGCCGGUGAUGGUAGUGACGUCGCGUUCACCAAGCUGCAUCGCAUUGGCCGGUUUCAGGCCGCGAGGCAUACCAGUUCCGGGACAUCUGCUCAGCACCCGCUGGGCGGGCCGCUGAGGUGCAUCUCUCAACCUCUACUUCCCAUACUCACCAGUGCGCCAAGUCUCAUGCGCUCGACCUUUCAUACGUCGUCGUCGGAUGCACCCAAGCAGCCCCUCGCCGAGCUGCCCCGAGCCACCACCGACAAGUGGGCGACGGACAAGCGCGACUACGUGUUUGGCGUCUUGGCCAUGGCAAUGGAUCUAAAGGAGCUUGGCAUCGAAGCCGACUACACCAAGACCUGUCUCUGA